AUGGAGUACGAGCACGACCAGUCAAGCGCGGGAGGGUUCCCAGGCCGCAGACCGGACUUUAAGAAGAAGCUCGUUGUCGUCGGAGAUGGAGGAUGUGGGAAGACAUGUCUGCUGAUCGUCUAUGCCGAGAACCGGUUUCCCGAAGCAUACGUACCGACUGUGUUCGAGAACUAUGUCACUACCGUACCUUAUGAGGGAAAGACAGUGGAGCUCGCGUUGUGGGAUACGGCCGGGCAGGAAGAGUAUGACCGACUCCGGCCACUCAGUUAUCCAGAGAGUGAUGUCAUCCUCAUCGUCUUCGCCGUAGACUUUCCCGUCAGCUUGGCCAAUGUGCAGGAUAAGUGGUACCCCGAGGUAGCCCAUUUCUGCGAGACGACACCCAAGAUCCUUGUAGGGACGAAGAUCGACCUGCGACAAGACGACCACACGCGGCGGAUGCUCGCCGCACAGGGCCAAGUGCCCGUCACGCCCGAUCAAGGUGCCGGUGUCGCCCGCGAGAUAGGGGCGAAGUACGUCGAGUGUUCGGCGAAGACGGGGCAGGGGGUGAGGGAGGUGUUCAACCUCGCGCUGAAGGAGAGCAUGCGCGGCAAGUGGGGGAAGGUGCUCAAGAAGCGGUCUGGGGGGUGUGUCGUUGCGUAAGCGGGCGACCACCUUGCAGGCCUCUGCAUACCCGCUUCGUCUCACCUGCUGGUCUCGUGCGUUUCUCCCUGUCUACCUGCAGCUCAGUUUCUUCGUUUUCGACUUGCAACCUCUCGGACAUAUAUCUCCUCCCGCACAAUAUCGUAUUCGCACCCUGUGAUCUACCAU